AAAACCUCGAUGUGGCUGCCUGUAGAUCUUAGCUUUAGUCUUUGUCAUUCGACAAGAAACUAUUCUUUUGCAACACCCAGGGAAGACUCGAUAGUUGAACGACGUAGAGUGAGGCAACACAAAAGACAAACAACCUUUCAAGCGACUAUAUUCAUUGCAAACAUCAAAGUUCAUUCUUGUCAUCCAGCAAAUCACAACAAACUUUACGUAUCUGAAUUGGCAUCAUUUGUGGUCAUGUCAAGACAAAACAGAAAAAGGAAAUCAAAAAGAGUUGGCAAGGCAACUUAUAAUAAUGCUAUAGGUUAUGACACUAGAGGGAGACUUUAUCAAAGUGUCGAAGAGGUUUGGUAUUCCCACGCCUCAAGGAAACAAGAAGACUGGUAUUCUAUUGCAGAGAGUUACUGGCAUAAACAAAAUCCUUCCGUGGAUGGUAUGCUUGGAGGGUAUUCGAAUCUUUCUGAUAUCGAUGUUCGUUCGAGUUUACAGUUCUUACAAGGCCUUCAACUACCUUCUACAAGGAUUGCAUUGGACGUUGGAAGUGGCAUCGGACGGGUAGCCACUGAACUUUUGACGAAAAUGUUCGAACAAGUGGAUCUAUUGGAACCUAAUGUACAUUUUUUGGAACUUGCGAAACAGAAUGUGAGUGAUUCUCAACUGGGCCGUGUAUUCCGUUGUUCUAUGCAAGAUUUUAUUCCAGAAGUCGAUAGAAAAUAUGACUUGAUAUGGAUACAAUGGUGUAUUAUUUAUUUAACUGACGAGGACCUUGUUGAAUUUUUAAAGCGUUGUAAAAGUUGUUUGAGUGCGAGCGGAUUAAUUUGCAUAAAAGAUAAUGUGAGCAGGAAGCACUUUGUUGUUGAUACAAACGAUGCAAGUAUUACACGAACCAGUAAGCAAUAUGAAGAUUUGUUUAAGCAAGCUGGCCUUCAUUUGGUAUGUUGUCAGAUACAAGAAAAUUUUCCGAGACAGUUGUUUCCAGUUUUUAUGUAUGCGUUGGGGCUCAAGUCAUUUUGAGAAAGGCUGCAUUUGGCUACAAAUAUCGAGCUGGAUCUGGAACAUAUGCUUCUGUUGUGCGUUGGUAUUCAAACAUUGCACGACUAUUGAAACCAUCGCUCGUUAGUUGUCUCGACCAAGAUGAUGAUUCUGACCCUUGUAUUUGUGGAAUAUUUUGAUAAGGCAAUAUUGAAGGAUUGUAAUUAUGAGUCAUAUUGCCUUGUAUCGUCUCGGCUAUCCGUGGAGGAAUCCUAAGACUGUUCAUCAUCCAUUCGGAAUGAUUGUUGGUGUUCGGAUAUGGGUGAUUCCAUAAGAUUUGACGCUUCACUAUUUGUUCAUUGUUUUGUUGUGCACUUUUGACAAUUGCUUGUUUCAAACGGUUGGCUUCAGCUGCAGACAUGAAGAUACUUGUAAUCAUGAUGAUGAUGACUAGAAAGAUAAUAAUACUCAUAGCAAGCAAAAAACAUCCCCAGAAGCCCAUGAGUUUAUAUCCGUUUCCCGCAAUAUCUUGUACCAGUAAGACUAGAUAAAUUGCCAGUUCAAUGCUAUUCGCUAAGAAUAGAACAAAAGGAGCCAACAAACAAAUUCGUAUCCUCCACUUGAUUAUCACUAUGUCUUUUGUUUCUUGUUGUCUUACAACGAGGUCAACUGUUCUCAAAAUAACGACAAAGCAAAAGCCCAAAACAGAGAGACCUAAAUAGCAAUAGAAUAAA